AUGGGCGCUAAAAGCAUCCUUCCAUUUCUCUUCCUGUUGACCCUGCUCCCUUGCCAUGUAUAUGCCGUUAUCCGGGAGGAUUUCAAGGAUCUACCGAAGUUAAAGUAUGACUUCGUCAUUGUUGGGGGAGGAAACGCGGGUUGCGUCAUGGCCAAUCGACUUUCCGAGAACCCAAAAUUUAAUGUCCUGCUCAUAGAAGCAGGUCCCAGCCAUGAAGGGGUCCUUGACAUCAUGGUUCCACGCCAUGUGUCCAACCUUUGGGGAACGCGAUAUGAUUGGAAUUAUACCAGCGUUCCUCAAGUUGGGUUGAACAAUCGCCCAGGGAUGAUACCACGAGGACAUGUCCUUGGUGGAAGUACGUCCAUAAAUGGAAUGGGGUUCUUCCGUGGUUCAUCGGACGACUACGAUAGGUGGGCAGAAGUAACCGGUGAUCCUGGUUGGUCAUGGCAAAACAUGUUGCCAUAUUUCUUAAAGAGCGAGAAGUGGACCGAGCCGUCCGAUGGACAUAACACAACUGGAGAGUUUAAUCCGGCAUUCCACUCUUCGAAGGGCAGAGUUGAAAUCAGUCUCCCGGGCGCACAGGUUCGCCAAAUGGUGGACUUCAAGAUCUUCGAAGCUGCUGAAGAACUCGGAGGUGACUUUGCCUUCGAUUUGGACUUGAAUGACGGAAGACCCUUGGGCACCUCGUGGCUGCAGUCGACCAUCGGGAAUGGAACGCGGAGCAGCUCUGCAACUGCCUAUCUCAGCCCGUUGGAUGUUGCUCGGAGGAACCUCCACGUCCUCGUUAACCACCGUGUCAUCAAAGUGGUAGAGACCACUCGACCCCGUGACCGUCGACCUUCCUUUAAGAAAGUUGCUUUUGUCAAAGACGGAGCUCCAGAAGGCAAAGUUCAGUAUGCUUCUGCGUCGAAAGAGGUCGUUCUUUCCGCAGGAGCACUCGGUACUCCUCAAUUAUUGCUUCUUUCUGGAAUUGGUGAUCCUGUCGACCUUCGCAGUGUUGGGGUCAAACCUCGGGUUGACCUGCCCAGCGUUGGUAAGAACCUAACCGAACGUCCUCAGGUCGGGAUGAUCUGGAACCUCGGCAUCUCCGAGACCAUUAAUGAAUUGGCCAACCAGACGUUCAUUGAAGAAAGCUUGGAGCAAUGGCACACCAGUCGAACCGGAUUCCAUUCCGCAGUUGGGGUGAACACCGUGACUUCGGUUCGACUGCCUGAUGAUUGGGCCCAUUGGAACGAACAUGAAGACCCAACCGCUGGAGAAAACUCGCCACACUUUGAGUUUGCAUCCUUUGGAGGGGGUAUAUACCCUAUUCCGGGUCCCAACCUCCUCCUUGGACCAUAUCUUCUAAGCCCAACCUCUCGCGGCACUGUAAAGCUGAGCUCGAGCAACCCGUUCGACGACCCACAGGUCGAUCUCGGUCUGCUGACCUCUACGUUCGACGUCUUGGCUCUUCGAGAAGCCCUUAAUAUGGCGCAAAAGAUUGCCAACGCCUCCACAUUUGCCGAGUGGAACCUCACGCUCGCAGAACCUUGGUCCACCAUCAGUGCAAUGAGUGAAGAGGAGAUCAUCGAAACCAUACGGAAUAUCGCCGGCGGAGCAGGGCAUAUUGUUGGCACAGCGGCAAUGUCGCGCGUCGACGCUCCGUAUGGUGUGGUCAAUCCCGAUCUGACAGUGAAGAAAGUGUCGGGGCUGCGAGUCGUCGAUGCUUCUAUCAUGCCUUAUCUCGUUCUCGGCCACACCCAGGGUCCGGUCUAUGCUAUUGCAGAGAGAGGAGCAGAUUUAAUCAAAGAGGCUUGGAAUUGA